AUGAAAGCAGACUAUGAGCUGGCACUGUUUAAAGAUGGCAAUAAGAUCUUAGCACUGCCCAAGAACAACAAAACUAUAUACAUAAACCCCGAAAAUAAAAAAGACAAAGAAAAGAACAUAAAGCAUGUCCAAAUGCUGUUCACAAAUGGAAGCCAUUUCCAGAUAAUAUUUAAAAGUGGAUCAUCAGCUUAUAUUCAAGGACAUUAUGUAGUCCGGUAUUACAUGAAUGGAAGAAUGCCACCAGAGGAUCCAGAGCCUCUGUCAUUUAGCAUAAGUAAGUGAGUUUCAGUAUAAAUAUAAUUUGAAUAAGAAACCUUAGAUGUUUAAUAAUAAUUAAGUCACAUAAAAUAUUGGCAAAACAUUUCUUUGGAUAUCUCGUAUAAUUAUGAAAUAGAGGUUUAAUAAUAAUUAAGUUGCAUAAAAUAUUGGCAAAACAUUUCUUCAGAUAUCUCGUAUACGAAAUAUUCCUCUGACCUGAAUCUUGGCGAGGUUCCUUGCAUAUUUUAAUUUACCUCCCUUCAUUUCCCAGAUUCUGGACUUUUAUAAUUGAGUGGUUUUGAUUUUGAUUUUUAUCUAUUUUGAAUCGCGUGACACUGAAAACCAGCAAUACCUACAGUUGGGUUAAAAAUUUUUAACCAAAUUUAGUUUUGACCUGUAACAAUUUUAUAUGCACCUCAUACCUACCCUGGGUGCCAGAGACUUUUCUAGCACGGUUUGCGGUUUCUGUCAAGUCUUAAUAGUGACCCACUCGUGGCUUCUGGCAUGCCUACGGCCAAAGAUGUGUCUCGGCCAACAUCGAAAAUUCCCGCCACACACGAGAAAAACCUCUGGUACCCAGAGUCACCUCACACCUAAAACAGGUAUCUCAAUUUAGUAUUAUUUGAAUUUCUUGUCAUUUUUUAUUUCAAUAUUUUUCUUAGGGAUAGAAAUAGAAGCACAGCUUACGUGUUCAUGUACACUAACACAACAGCUGUACUUCAUGUAACUACUAUAAAUAUUAUUAAAAUUCAUUAAUUACAUUGUUAACCCAAGCAUGCCAUUGGGUCAUCGGUACAAAUGUUGUGAAAACUGUGAUGUCCUACUCAAAUGAAGUCACUAGUCUAAAACUGUCCCAACAAAGAAUGCAAUAACAACAGUUUUACCCCUCAUUGCCCCCACCUCCCAUGCCACCCCACUUGGCAAAGCGGUAGCCUGUUCACAGACCUCUAUUUUCUCUUAAAAGUACUCCACUGAGCACACAUGAUAAAAAUAAAAACAGUGUGCAAUUAAAUGACCGCUAGUGCAAGGGGGGGGGGGGGGGGGAGGGGAAGAAGAAUAUUUUAGUUUCUCUCCAUGUCAGGAAAUCUGGAUUCCGGAAUCUUUGAAAUUAAUUUUUUGCUUGUGGGAUCCGGAAUCCUGGGCUUUGGAAUCUGAAAUACAGCUAUAGGAAUCCCGAGUCCCACUAACAAUUGGAAUGCAGAAUCAAAGUUUCACUGAAAAAAGAUGUGUAAUCCAGUAGUUUUUGUAUUUUUAACAUUAUAGUCAAUAGUUCCCUAGAGUAUUUUAGUCUAGUUUUAAACACGAUUCCUAGGAAGACCAUGUAAAAUGAUACGAUUUCGUGUAUAAAUAAAGAUUGAUGAUGAUGAUGAUGAUGAUAGUUAUGGAAUCCUGAACCAACAGCGUGGAAUCCAGAAUCCAAGACUGUCUUGGAUUCCCUUACAUGGGGCAAUUUCUUUCUCGCGUACUCGCUGAUUAUUGAAAAAAAAAAUAAAACAACAUCUGUGUACAUACAGGCUAGCAAAGCAACCAAGUCCUAGCACGACAACCCUUACUCUAGCCAAUCCAUAAUAUCAAUGUGUGUCAAUUAUUUCAUUUUUGGAGUGACUGCACAUAAGUGCAUACUUUCAUCCCUUUCAUACUUUUCACUGUCAUUUUUGUUUAUUCCACAGAAAUAAAUACUACUGCUGAAGCAAAUAUUGUUUCUACCCAAGGCAUCAAUGAAGAGCACCCGCAACACGUUCUUACGAGAUUGCCCUCUCCAAAAAUACCCCCAACACCUACGACAGGUAUCUCGAUCACGUAGUAUUUGAAUUUUUAGUCAUCUUGUUAGUUUAACUUUUUUCCCCUGAGGCAUGUAAAAAGAAGCACAGCAUUUACAGCUGUUGAUUAUUUCAAUUUAAAUUCCAGGGUCGCAUGCAACUUUGCCAUCAGCACCAAUGGCGUUAUGUUGCUUAUUUUCAGGUUUGCAGGCCAGAAAAACUCAGAUGCAUGUACCUUGGGAAAUCCUUGUUUUAGCGGUGACUGUAGUGGUAUUGGUUGUAAUUUUUGCAUCCAUCAAAUGGCUCUGGUACAGAAAUUCAGAGUAAAAUAUUUUCAACAGGCU